GCACACGGGCCUGCGUGAAGUUGGUGGCGCACGCAUGGCGCACAACGCCAAGGAUAGAGUAACAAAUCAGGAAUUUCCCUCCUGCCACUCCUGAGAGCGCAAGAGAGGACAGAAGUUGAGGAUUAAGCGCUUCUCCUCAGAGGGGGACAAACGCAAAGGCAGCUGAUUCGCCACAAUAUUUGUUUUCUCCAAGAAAAUAAUCAUAUCGACGCGUUUUGAGCGCAUUGUUUGGGAAUUUACAUUAAUGUUAUUUUGCCUUUAGUCUUUAACUCUUUUUGAAACUUUGGUGGAAUAAAACUGCGCACUGCAAGGCAGCAGCAUUUUUUCAAGAAUACUAUGAUUUCCAACUUUUGGUUUUGUGGCUUAUUCUCCAACUUUUGUUCGGGAAUUCCAUCGCCGUUCGACGCUUUUUACCUUUUUUCGAUGGCGUAGGACGUUUUUUUUUCUUCUUCUUUUCAAUCACCUUGUGGGGACAAGGGUUUGGUGUUAGCCCAAGCAUAUACACAUUCUGGAUUAUGUGCACAAAAAACCACCGGAGUGUUUAAAAGUAGUAAAAAAAAAAAAAAAGACAACCAUCGUGACUUUUAGUGAGAAGGGGAAAAGCGGAGUGGAGACGGCGUCCAGGAGGAUGCUGCUGCUCGGACAAUGGAAGUGAAGAACUCUUUCGCUGUUGCUGCGCUGCUUUGUCUUUUCUUUUGCUCGACUUUCAGCCAAGAACUCAACUCCAAAGGAAGGAAUGUUUGCAAAGAAUCCGGCUCGCCGGGGUUCGUGUGCUGCGGCGGGUGGGGGCAGCUAGGCGACGAGUGCGCGACACCUCUCUGCGAAGGCAACUUCACCUGCAAGGAAAAUGAGGUGUGCGUCAGGCCGAAUGAAUGUCGCUGUCGCCAUGGAUACUUCGGAGCGAGCUGUGACACUAAGUGCCCAGCCCAGUUCUGGGGUCCUGACUGCAAGGGGAAGUGUAAUUGUUACCCGAACGGCCAGUGCGACGACUUGACCGGCGAGUGUUCCUGCAACCACAACCGCUGGGGACUCAACUGCGAGUAUGCUUGCAUGUGCCAAAAGGGCAAAUGUGACCAGGAGACGGGCAAAUGCACGUGUCACCCGGGCAUCUGGGGUCCCCUGUGCAACAACAACUGCUACUGCAGCAUCAACUCCGUCUGCAACGCGAAGACGGGGCGAUGCAUGUGCAGUCCCGGCUGGACGGGGAGGAACUGCGCCACCCAGUGCAACUGCAACAACUCGCCCUGCGACCAGUUCACGGGGCGCUGCCAGUGCCGAGAGGGCCUGUGGGGCCCGCGGUGCGAACGUUACUGCCAGUGCAUCCACGGCAGGUGCAACCAGGGGGACGGCUCGUGCACCUGCACGCCAGGGUUCCGUGGGAAGUUCUGCCGGGAGCCGUGUCCCGCCGGGUUCUACGGACAGAACUGUCGGAACAGGUGUGGCAACUGCAAGGGCCAGCAGCCCUGCAAGGUGACGGAGGGACGCUGCGUCACCUGCGACCGGGGCUGGAACGGGACACGGUGUGACCAGCGCUGCUCCAAAGGCUUCUUUGGUGAAAAUUGCCAAGAGGUGUGUCCCUCCUGUAAGGACGGUCACCACUGCGACCACAUUCAUGGCAAGUGCUCUCACUGUAACCCUGGCUGGAUUGGGGAAAGGUGCGAGGUGCGUUGCCCCAACGGCACGUACGGAGAGAACUGCGACAACAACUGCAGCCACUGUUUCAACGGCAUCUGUCAUGUUGUCACCGGAGAGUGCCUCUGUGACCGGGGAUUUUAUGGCACCUACUGCAAUGUGACCUGUCAUCCCGGGCAGUACGGAGUGAACUGCAACCAAACCUGCUCUUGCAAUGACAAGAACUGCGAUCCUGUGUCCGGUGCUUGCUAUCUCCAGCGCAACCAGCGGAUGGGCGUGAUCGCGGCCGGAACCCUGGUCUCCUUUCUGCUGGCCGUGCUGCUGUCGCUGCUGUGCUGCUGCUGCCUGUGUCGACACAAAGACGACCACAACAAAAAAGCCAAGCGGAUCCUGUGUGGACGAUUCAGCCGAAUCAGCACUAAACUCCCCCGUAUUCCACUGAGGCGACAGAAACUGCCCAAAGUAGUCGUGGCCCACCGCGACCCAGAGAACACCUUCAACUGCAGCUUCAUCGAGCCCCCCUCAGUGGCGGAGCAGCCCUCCCCCUCCUCCUGGUCCUCCCAAGAGUCCUUUUCCUCCUGCGAGAGCGGAGACGAGGGGCCGGUUUACUCUUAUCCCAACGAAGAAUCUUUGAACGAAGGCAAAGAGAAGGGCAGCCCCGGCCCGGCGACGGAGAAGCCAGAAGCGGCCCCCGAUGAGGACGACGCGGGGGAGUACACCUCCCUGAAAGACACCAGCGCCACAAAAGCGGAGGGCGGCGAGCAGCCGCUGCUCAAGUCCUCCGGCAGCGAAGGCUCCACCAGCGGCUCCGAAUCCAACACCGCGGCUCUCUAUGCCCGCAUCGCCCGCCUCUCCAAGCAGUCCAAGGAGGACGACGGCGCCGGCAAGGAGGGUGACGGGACUCCCACCCCGGAGGCGAAGCGCAACGGAAAGCUCCCGCCUUCACCCGGCAAGACCAAACCGCGCCCACCGGACCCGUCCACCAAGCCAAAAGUGUCGUGGAUACACGGCAACGCCACCGGGUCUCCCCAGCCGGAGCCACAGGGAGCGGGGGGCUCGAAGGCGCCUGCUGGGCCGAAGGAGAAAAAGAGGAGCCACAGCAACGGCUCGGCCAAGAGCGAGGAGCUGCAGAAAGUGAGGGAGAGGAGUCGCGAGCAACAGAAGAACCAGGAGGGCAAGGAGGCGGAGGUCAACGGCUCCCCCGGCAAACACAAACCUCUGCGCGGCAGCCCGGGCCACAUGGAACACAUCAAUGGCGUGGUCCACAAUGCCUUCAAGAAGAUAAGCGGCUUCCACAGCUCACCGUGUGAGAAGAAGGCAGCCGAGAGUCCAAAGGAGACCCCCAAGGAGCCACCGAAGAACCCCAACGUCAUCCCGCCUCAUAUGAACUCUGAGGCCGCCACGCUGCUGGCCGCUCAGCUCAAGGAGAAAACCCAGAGCAUCAACAGGAACGAAGGGACGGGCCUGACGAAGACCAACGGGCUCUCCACACCCAAGGGGAACCGGGAGAAGCCGACGCCCCCGCAGAAGGCCAAGAGGAACCCGUCCGGCGGACUGAGCCAGCAGGGCUCCACCAAGCCGCUGCUGCCAGCCUCGAGCGGCCUCCAGAAGACGGUGGCCCCCGACACCAAGAGCCCGGAGAAGCAGGACUUGAACGGCUCGAGGGCGGGGGACCCCGUGUCCGAUACCACGCCGAAGAAGACUCCCAUGAAAAAGCCCCCCAGGAAGAAGGGCAAGGAGGGUACUUUGGACACGUCAGAAAGUAAAACACCCCAGCCAAAGACAGCCAUGAUGCCACCACAGGUAGUGAAGUAAAUGCUCUGGUAGACGCAAUUUUGUAAUGGACACCAAAGAGACCGAAACGGAUUUCGUCAAACGAGGAAUUUAAACAUUCUCUCACAGAGAAAUGCUUCUAAGUCAAGUUGAGUGGCGUUGGUGAGUUGUACCAUAAUGAACUCUAUACAGCGUCGUAUUUCGUCUUCGAGGACCCCCCCUUUUGCGUAAUGACUAUGUUUUUCGAGCUCACGCCACAAUCUGCGGCUAAAGCCAGACACAACAGAAAGUGGUUCACAGACGUAAUCUAAAAUGCAUUCAUCUCCGUCCCCCUGCAGUGUGUCCACCACUAUAUUUAUGCAUAUACGGAGUUGUUUUUGGAGCUGCAUAACUGUAAUUUGCUAAGGUGUCGAAGAAAUAGUUAUUUUUUAUGCGCGCUCUCCAAAGGUACCAAGGGUACUAAAAAUACCAAAGAAAAUUAGAUCCUCUGAGAAUUGCAAGCUAUUUUGGUUUUUUUUUGGUUUUGUUUUGUUUUGUUUGUGGGCCAAAAAGCAUGAAUACAGUUGUAUACCUUAAGUUACCCUUGUUUCUGUUUGUCGAGCCUUUUCUUUGCAGAUGAAGGUCAACUUAAAUUCGUCAAUCAAAAGCAACACAACGUUUAUAGCGAAAAAAAGGCCUUCCCGUCUUUCUGCUCGAGCACAUUUCAGGUUUAGAGGAAAGAAGGAACGAUUUUCUCUAAUUAAAAUAAUCUUGCGGCCCAGAGUACGCAAGUUUUGCUACAUUUAGGACUUAAUUGUCUGAGUCACUCACUGAGCGUCAGCAUUGGUCUCAAGGCUUUUACCUGCAUGAAUUUAAACUAUUUUUUUUUUCAGCCCUUGGCAAUCUUUUGUUUGACUCCAUCAGACAAGUCUUUUUUUUCCUCGACAAACGCAUUCAUGUUCUUUGAUACUUCUGCAAAACGGGUGUUUUAAACCUCUUUCGUGUACUUGUGCGAACUCCAAAUUUACCAGAAUGUCCUCACUUCAUGUCGCGCUCGUGAUUCACUUUAAAACUCCAUCACAUAUACCUGUAGCUUCUGCACUACAUACCGCAGCAAAUCAGAUGCAAAAGGGAGCCUUUCAAAAGUAAUCACUCUUUUGUAGUAUUCGCUACAAACCCGACCGCGAAAGGAGACUACUGGGUGUCUUUUAUGUGUUCUAUUCGGGGUUUUUUCACCAGAAACUAGGUCAACAUCACCAGCUGAGCUUCUUUCUUUUCGUAUGUUGUUGUUUAUGCCACCGGGUGUUGUGUGGCAAUAAAAUCUUGCACCGGAUAUUUUGACCCUCAAGGAUCAUAAUAUCUUAAACUAAGUGGAUUCACGCUGAAGCAAAAGGAUGCUUCAUUUCUUGUUUUUAGGGUGCAAAAUGGUACAAAAUGGUACCGGGCCUUGAGUGUUAAAAUGUGCCUCAACUGUGGAUCAGUUUAAGCAAAAUAAGCCAUGUUUUCCUAAAUGUUGUUGAUCCUAAAAUAAGUGAACCAAAAAGAUUAGCGGGUGGGGAUACUUGAAUAGAAAGGAAAAUGUUUUUGAUGGAUGGAUGAUCGGCAGGAUUAUAACAUGCCGUUGGUAUGUUUUUUGGAAGUCGAAUAUAUUACUACAGCAUAACAAACCUAAUUGGAAAAAAUGUCUUGGUUUCGAGUGCUUUCAUUAAGGUACAACUCAUUUUGUUUAUUUUUCAACUUGUAUACAUUGUGUACUUUUUUUUAUUAUCUUUGUAAGCUGUGCUUAUAUGACUGUUUUGGUUCUUCUCUUUUUCUUGGUUUCAAUGAACUGGCUUUCAUGUUGUUUUUGCUCGUUUUUUUAAUUUGUUGCUUAUUUUUGGCUCCGAAGCAAACCUACAGUAUGAGUACUUUCCAUCUUGUCAAGUUUACAUUGGCUUUGUUAUUGUCCUGUUAAUGUUAUUGUUUGUGUAACACUUAGCUGCGUGAUGCAGAGUGUAGAUAUAUGGCAUUAAUAGCUGCACCGGAAAUCUGUAACCUUCUCGCUCCCUCAAGUUGUUAUUUUUUGCCUCCCGUAAAAGAAAGAAAGUCGAACAGAACGGAUUGUACAAUACUACUAUGAUACCACUCUUCGAAAAAAAUUGCAUAUACUCAAAACCAUAGCAUUGUGUAAUUAUGAAGUGGCAAUUUCUAUCUGACUGGUCCGUGCCUGUGUUUUAUAGGCGUACAGUGCAUUUUUUUGUAAAGAAGGGCCUGAAAAGCUGCAAAAAACGUUACCAACUGUAAGGUAUAUUUUGAUUUUUGUGGAUUGUUUUUGGGAACUUUGAUUUCAAUGUUGUAUAUGGUCAUUCAAUUUGUUUCCUCAUUUACUUUGGAAUAAAAAGCAAUACGUGUA